GGACAGAGACUGGAGCUCCAUCUUGCACCGGGCAAACACUCCGACAACCUGGCAGGCGGCACCAUGAGGCAGAGGGGACGCGCUGCACUCCUAGUGGCACUGCUGCUCCUGGCACAGCUGCGCCCCGGGAGCAGUCAGUGGAGCCCGGUGACUGCGGCAGCGACCGAGGUCCAGGAUCCGAAUCUGCGAUGGAGUCCUGGGACACGGAAUCAGGGCGGCGGCGCCCGCGCGCUCCUAUUGCUGUUAGCUGAGCGCUUCCCGCGCCGCACGGGAUCGGGGACGCCAGGCGGCGAGCGGCAGCGACGGGACGACCCUCCGCUGUCCAUCGACCUCACCUUCCACCUGCUGCGGACCCUGCUGGAGCUGGCCCGGACACAGAGCCAGCGCGAGCGCGCAGAGCAGAACCGCAUCAUACUCCAUUCGGUGGGCAAGUGAUCCGCCUGGUGUGGGGCCCCCCGAAAGGCUCGACCCUUUCCCCUACAUACCCCGGGGCUGGAGCUCGCGCGACCGAAGCUGGCUCAGUCCCGCGGUGCAGCGCCACCCAGAG